UCGCUUGUAUAGUUCAUACAAUUUAUGAAAAACUCAAUGAAAAUUAUAUGAGACUUGAGUAUCUAAAAAGUCGUGCCAUAUUGACUCCAACAAAUGAUAUAGUUGACUCAAUAAAUGAGUACAUUGUCUCUCUUAAUCCUGAGGACGCAAGAGAGUAUCUAAGUUGUGACAAGAUAAUCAAAGAUCGAAUAAUUCUCAAAAAAGGUACACCAGUCAUGCUUCUCAGAAAUUUGAACCAAUCAGAAGGUCUAUGCAAUGGUACAAGAUUGCUCAUAACUUCCUUAUGUGACAAAGUGAUUGAAGGUCAAAUUAUGACAGGUAUUCAUAAGUCAAAAAAUGUGCUUAUUCCUCGUAUAUCAUUAACACUGAAGAAUACAAAAUGGCCAUUUGUUCUUCAGAGACGUCAAUACCCUAUAAAGGUAUGCUACGCAAUGACAAUUAACAAAAGUCAGGGGCAAACACUUUCAAAUGUUGGUGUAUACUUGAAAAAACCUGUUUUCACACAUGGACAACUCUAUGUUGCCAUAUCAAGAGUUACAUCUAAAAAAGGUCUUUCAAUCCUUAUUGAAGAUGACUCGGGAAAAUGCAGUUCUAAGACCCGAAACAUAGUGUACAAAGAGGUUUUCGCACGUCAACCAUACCUAAGUGGUACUACAGCAAGUUCAUGGUACUUCAAUCCUGGAAUUCCUGAGGCGCAGACCUACUACAGCAGGUUGCAAAACAAUGACCUCCAACUAAUACAACCCACAGCAGCCGAAGAAGAAAUCCAGGUUUCUCAACCACCAAAUUUGGAACACAAGACUGUUGAAGAGCUGCUCGACAUAGAUCCAGACAUGUUUCCCCCAGAAGGCUACAGAUGCACUGUUACUAUCUCACGCAUUGUGCAAAACAGCAAAUGGUGGUACCCAUCUUGCUCCAGGUGCCACAAAUCUUCAUCUCAAACUUCAACUGGAUAUCACUGCACAUCAUGUGGCUGCACAGAUAUUAACUUUAGAUACAAGCUCAGCUUCAUUGCUACUGAUGGGACAUGUGAAGCAGAGUUCUUUUGUUUUGAUAGCAUAGCCAGAAAAAUAGUAGGAAAACCUUGUGACAACCUUGUUACAGCAGUUACAACUUCUCAGGGUCCCCCAGCAGCCCUAGCCGCUAUUGUGUGUCUGAAAUUUACCCUUGCAGUUGCCAUCAAUAUGUCAGCCUACUCAGUCACAAAUAGAGUCUUCUCUAUUCUGUCUAUUUUAACAAAUCAUGGAAGACAAUCCUUCAUACCAUCUAACAUGCCUAGCCAUCCUCAACAAGAGUUGCAUACACAAGAUGAAAUACCUAGCCUUCCGACCACACAAGACUCUCCAGCAACAUCAAUGGCAAAACUAUCUACCUGUAGCAACAAAAAAAACGAGGGUGAUGACCAGCACAUAAGUGAAGUCAACAACCAAGAGUUAUCGUCACCACCGAAAAGCUUAGGGAACAUCGCGUUGUCACCUGGGAACACCGCCGUGGACAUAGCUCAUGUCGACCGGCCGUUCCUGGUUGCCUCCGUCCAAUGCAAGUCCGCCAGCGCGGGCGCGGGCGCGGAUGCGGGCGCGUUCCGCCUGUUUGUGGGCUAG